UCUGAAGCCUGGUAGGGUCUCCGGCACUUCUUAAUUCCCCACACCGCCCAGCGCAGUGCCUGACAUGGUGAACAUGGCCUCCCCCGGACGGUACCAGCUCCUGGCCUGCGAGCUGUCCUACUUCUCCGGGAAGAUACGGCCGUACCUGAGGUAUAAGAACAUUCCGUUCGACUCGGUCACCGCUACAGAAGAGGUGUACGAAAAGAUGAUCUACCCCAGGGUAGGGUGGAACGUCGUUCCCGUGGUCAUCACGCCAGACGACAAGACUCUACAGGACACCACCUCAAUGAUAGAGUACCUGGAACGCAAACAUCCGGAGCCUUCCGUGCUACCCCAAACCCCCAUACAGACCCUCGUGUCCAUGCUAUUGGAGCUGUACGCGGAUGAGUGGUUACUGAUACCCGCCAUGCAUUACAGGUGGUCGUUUAUGGAGCAGAGGAAGUUUGUUGACCUGCAGUUCGGCCGCGCGGCGGCGCCGACAUCCCCGCCCCUGGAACAAAUGGACAAUCCCCAAAGAUUCAUAUCGUACGAGAACUUCAAGAAUAGUCCCCAGAUAUUAGGAAUAAACGAAGAAACCAUCCCAGAGAUCGAGAGGUCGUAUAAGGGGUUUCUGGACGACUUCCAGACGCACCUGUCGCGGUACCCGUACCUGCUGGGAGACAAGCCGUGUGUGGCUGACUUCGCCUUCUGCGGACCGCUGUACCCGCACCUGUACAGGGACCCCGUACCAGGUUUCCUGAUGCGGUGCCGCGCCCCCGUAGUGGCGUGCUGGGUGGAGACGAUGAUCGGCGUACUAAGGGAGUCUCCCGCCGAUGUCUACACGGUUGUUGACGGGAAGGCGGUGAAGGCCCCGCCCCCGCAGGUCCAGCCGGGCUUCCUGCCUAACGACGAGAUCCCGGAGACCCUGUUCCCCAUCCUACAGAGGAUGUUCACCGAGCAGGGUCCGGUACUGCUGGACGCCAUACAGAAAUUCAAAGAGUACAUCAAGGAAUCCGGAGACGACACAGACCUGAUGCGGGUUGUGGGAGUUCACGACUUCCGGCUGGGAAACGUCACCAGUGUGCGCGGCGUGUUUGUGUACCCGCUGUGGAUGCUGCAGAGGAUUACUGACUACUACUCCGGGCUGUCCCCGGGGCAGCAGCGGGCCGUGGACAGGUUCCUGGACCGGUUCCAGGGCGGGCACGAGCUGGUGAAGGCCGACCUGUCGCGGUGUAGGGUCGAGAGGAAGUCUGUCGGCGUGAGACUCGCCAGGCCAGGCAACGCUAAACUGUAAUCGGUCAACUUC